CUUGUGAACCACGACAAAUACUAUAAAUGGAUUAAGAAUUGUAACCAUGGUCACGUCUUGCUCUCUCCAUCAGAUGCCUGUGAUCUCACACUGGAUCCAGACACAGCAAACAUCGAACUCACUCUGUCUGAGGGCAAUAAGAAGGCAACGCACGGAGCAAGGCAGUCGUAUCCUGAUCUCCCACAGAGAUUCGAUUACUUUCAUCAGGUUACGUGCAGGGAGGAGCUCACUGGGCGCUGUUACUGGGAGGUGGAGUGGAGUACUGGCAAAAGUGAAGAUGUGGCUGUGGGUGUUAGCUACAAAGGAAUAUUUAGGAAAGAAAAAGAUGACCAGUGUAGGUUUGGAGGGAACGUCAUGUCCUGGUGUUUUGGCCACAGGUGGUGGAACCCAUCAGAAGCUACACUCUAUGAAGAGCACAAUAAGCAGUGCUGCAAUCUCCCUCUUCCCUCUGCUGGCUGCACCCGACUUGGAGUGUUUCUGGACUGGCCGGCUGGCACUCUGUCCUUCUACAACGUCGUAUCUGACACUCUGAGUCACCUCCACACCUUCUGGGCCUGUUUACCCAGCCUUCUUGAUUGGGCGUGAACACAAUUAUGUGUACCUG